GCUGGAUUGACCUACCUCACUUGCCAUUCAAUCAUCGCCUCUGGACAAAAACUCAAACCUCCUGUCGACGCCUUUCGCGACACACUCUCCCCGAAACAUACCUUUGAGACACUUCAGCUUAUCUUUCCGUUCUGCUCAAAAGUAUUGACUGCCUCUUGCGUCUUUCGAGGCUACCACCAAUCUUCCAUUACUUUCUACGCCGUUGAACAGCGAUUUGAAGAAUACAAGUCGAGAAUCCAGACUGCGAUUGUGCAUCAUUCACUUGCCUCAAAAUCAAUAUAGAUUCACGAUUCGGGACCUUUUUCAGGUGUGACGUCUGACGUGUGACUGCUCGUCAGUCAGGCCCUGAAGGUACGUGUCUGCUGCUACUCCUGCACGCGGCGCAAUCAAACCAUCCAUACCGUAUCUCUUGUUUCGAACGCUCCGUUCAUCAUGUCCUUUCCGCCACCUCCAGGUCUCAAACAAACGCCAUCUUCGCUCCCCGCGCGGCCACCAGCAUCCGCAGGCACAGCCGCCGCAUCUUACCAACCUGCAUAUUCGGCCGCGCCCUCAUAUACGGCCCCAGCUGCCAGCAGCGGAUAUGGCGCGACUGGCGCUCGGACAGGCUAUAAUGCCUUCACAGCAUUCCAACCUCGUGCCGUAGUUUCCAGCCAGCCUUACCGUACCAGCAGUCCAGCCGUCUCUACGCCGCCAGCUACUGCAGCGGGUUACUCGGCGCCGGCCGCUGCAAACUACGGCAGUUACUACUCUCAGACGCCGCAAACCUACCAGGGUGCACCGUCUUAUUACGGCUCCGCCCAGUACAGCGACACCACCUAUGGCCCGUCUGUGCCUCACAUUCAGAAUCCGUUCACCGCUACAGGGACGGGGAAGAAUUACGGACGCAAUGACUCCGGUCUAGAUCCCGAGACAGAAGCUCAAAUUGCGCAGUGGCAGAGCGCUUAUGCCAACAAGGAGGAAGUUCCGGGAGGAGGCAAGGUAGCAGGUCGUCGCGACGGAGCUACGGGAAUGCCAGGUGCUACCGUGGGAACCAACACACCGACCAGUGCAACAGCGGCGAGUACGCCCACACCUGCGCCAGGCCACCCAGAGCAAAAUGCCAAGACCGUCGUGCGAUCCGGCGGUGGCCAGACGUGGUCCGAUCCGACUCUGCUAGAAUGGGAUCCGGCGCAUUUCCGACUCUUCGUGGGGAACCUCGCGGGCGAGGUGACCGACGACUCGUUGCUGAAAGCAUUUUCGAGGUAUUCAUCCGUUCAGAAAGCGCGAGUCAUUCGGGACAAGCGCACGCAGAAGAGCAAGGGUUAUGGAUUUGUCAGUUUCAGCAACGGUGAUGACUACUUCGCGGCUGCGAGGGAGAUGCAGGGCAAGUACAUUGGCUCACAUCCGAUUCUGCUGCGACGGGCCACCACGGAGAUCCGUCCGACGACUAAUACCAAGGGCGGGAAGAAGAACGCUGGCGGCCAAGGUGGAGGUCAAGCCGGGGGAAGGUCAAGCACGACGGCGUCAAGAAGCCGGGCAAGACGAGGGGCGGGCUGAAGAUUAUAGGUUGAUCAGCAUUUUCCAUUGCGUAUAUCAAUACUAUCUAUUAAUGAAUCGUAAGA